UACUUGUACUUUUCUAAUUAUUUUUGCCAAUACAUGCUUCUGAUGCUGAAGUAUUCCCAGCUGUCAAGCUCGUUUUGGUAUCUAUAAUAGUUAUUGAAUGCAUCUUUAUUCAUGUUUCAGGAUAGAAGCCUGAGGGAACUAGCUGCACGGGCUAUUUCUGCUCUUGCAAAAUAUGACCCUGACUAUUUUGCAGGAUCUGUCCUUGAGAAAUUAAUGCCUUUCACUCUCUCUGUGGAUCUUUGCACACGCCAUGGUGCAACAUUGGCUGUUGGAGAACUUGUCUUGGCUCUGCAUGAAUGUAAAUUUCAUUUUUCGAUGGAAAAGCAGCAAAAGGUAGCAGGUAUUGUUCCUUCUAUUGAAAAAGCUCGCCUUUAUCGGGGGAAGGGAGGAGAGAUCAUGCGUUCUGCUGUAUCUAAGCUCAUUGACUGCAUCUCUAGUUCAGCAAUAUCCUUAAAUGAUAAAACAAAAAAGAUUUUACUUGAAACUUUAACAGACAAUUUAAAGCACCCCAAUUCACAAAUACAGAACGCUGCUGUUGAUGCACUAAGGAACUUUGUUCAAGCUUAUCUUGUUUCUGUUAAUGAAAAGGUCCCCAAUGGGAUUGUUUCAACAUUCCUAGAACUUCUUGAUGAUCCUAAUGUUGCAGCAAGAAGAGGGGCCGCAUUGGCUUUUGGUAUAUUACCUUACGAAUUCCUUUUUACAAGGUGGAGAGAAAUCUUGAGAAAACUAUGCAAAUCUUGUCUGCUUCGGGAUCAGCCUGAUGAUGCGGAUGCUGAAGCACGUGUGAAUGCUGUAAAAGGGCUUGUUACUGUGUGUGAAACACUAACAAGAGCUUCUAGUGAUCAAAGUACAGAAGAAAGCUCUAUUUAUAUUUUCAUCAGGAAUGAUGUGAUGAGGACCCUUUUCGAUGCGCUUGAUGACUAUGCAGUCGACAACAGAGGAGAUGUGGGCUCCUGGGUUCGAGAGGCUGCCAUGGAUGCGCUUGAGAGGUGCGCCUACAUCCUCUGCAAGUAUGAUGAGUCGGUUCCUUCCAAGCAGUUAUGCCCCUUGUUUGAUGAAAAAAUUGCCACCGACUUAGUAAAAGGCAUAGCAAAGCAGGCUGUUGAGAAGAUGGACAAAAUAAGAGGUGCAGCUGCUAGGAUUCUCCAGAGGAUAAUACAUUGCCCUCUGCAUUUUGUUCCAUGCAUACCACACAGGAAAACACUAGAAGAAGUUAUUCCUCUUGAUACAGAUUUGAAAUGGGAAAAUCCUACAGUGUCCUUCCCACGAUUUGUUCAGCUGCUUCAGUUUAGCUGUUAUAGUAGAUCUUUGCUAUCAGGAUAUGUCAUCUCUGUGGGUGGAUUGCAAGAGUCCUUAAGCAAGGCUUCAAAAGAGGCUCUACUAGAAUUUAUUGAUGUUUCAGAAGGUUAUAAAAUUCAAAAUUCCAACAAUAGAGAAUUUAUGUUGAGUACUGAUCUUCUUGGGGUCCUUCAGAACAAUCAGAAAUGCAACAGAAUAAUUCUGCCAACUAUGAAGACUAUCGAGAUUCUCUUUAGCAGAAAGGUCUUCCUAAAUAUGGAGGGCCACACUCUAGAUUUCUGCACAGGACUUCUAGAUUCACUGGCGGUUGAGUUGAAGGGAACGAAGGAUUUCACCAAGCUAUACACGGGAAUUUCAAUGCUUGGAUAUGUUGCAUCUGUUACGGAGCCUUUAAAUUGUCGUGCACUAGCUCAGUUAAUUUAUUUCCUUGGGCAUCGAUAUCCGAAGAUACGCAAAGCCGCAGCUGAUCAAGUAUAUCUGGUCCUCUUACAAAACACGACACUUAUGGACGAAGAAAAAGUGGAGAAAUUUGUUGAAAUUGUUACAGAAACGAGUUGGGAUGGUCCGCUUGAGGAUUCAAAGCAGACCAGGCUGCAGUUGCUUGAAUUGGCUGGCUUUGCAAAUACCAAAAUUACAUUUUCAACCCAUAGAGAAACUGGCAAGGCAUCCUUCCAGGACAUAUCUGGAACUGAUGAAAAUAUGUCAUAUUCUUCCUUAGUUGACUUCACUGGCUUCUAGCUGGCUCUGUAGUUAUGUAACAUAUGUCAUUUUAUUUUAUUUUAUUUUAUUAUUUUAAUUUUUUGUAAAAUUGUG